AUGUUCCCCAUUCACUCCAAAGGAGUCGAACAAAAACUGACUUUCACAGAAAAGCCAGGCAAGAGGCGAUGCAGAGGGUUCAAUCUACGAGUGUUUCGCUGGUCUCAGGCCAUGGUCUAUUUCAUUGAGGAGAUCAACAGAGACCCAGGCCUGUUGCCCAACAUUACUCUGGGCUACAGGCUGUAUGACACGUGUGGCGUGGAGAUGUUCUCUCUCAGGACGGCCCUGUCGGUGAUCUCCCAGCCGCUCAAGAGGAACGCGGCGGGGGAGUGUGUGUCUCCCAGUGUGCCACUCAUAGUGGGAGACUCGGGGUCGUCUCUGUCCAUGGCCAUCUCAAGGUCACUCAAUCUCUUUAGGGUCCCAUUGGUCAGUUACUUUGCAUCCUGCGCAUGCCUGAGCGACAAAAGCCAGUUCCCCUACUUCUUCCGCACCAUCCCCAGCGACGUGCACCAGGCGCGCGCCCUGGCCCACCUGGUGCGCCACCUGGGCUGGACCUGGGUGGGCACCAUGGGCGCCGACGACGACUACGGCCGCACGGGCAUCGACAUGUUCACGGCCGAGGUGACGCAGCUGGGCGUGUGCGUGGCGUACCGCAUCACCAUCCCCAAGCUGCCCUCGCCGGAGGAGCUGCGGGACAUCGUGGCCACCAUCCGGGACUCCACGGCGCACGUGGUGGUGGCCUUCGCCAUCGAGGAGGACAUCGAGCCCGUGGUGACGGAGAUGGUGGCGCAGAACGUGACGGGCAAGCAGUGGGUGGCCAGCGAGGCGUGGGUCACCUCCACCCUCAUCUCCACCCGGGCGAACUACGCCUCCCUCAGCGGCGCCGUCGGCUUCGCCAUACGCCGGGCGGAGAUGCCCUUCCUCAAGCGCUUCCUGCAGAACCUCAAGCCCAUGGGCACUCCCUAUAGCCCCUUUGUCCGGGAAUUCUGGGAAACGCAGUUCAAGUGCUCCCUCAACACCACGCUUCCUGCCGCCUCCAUGGCAGAGCCAAUACGCUACAACAAGACCUGCACUGGCAGGGAGAGGGUCGAGGACACAGACAGCAUUUACAACGACGUGUCGCAGCUCAGAGUGACUUAUAACAUGCACAAGGCUGUUUAUUCGGUCGCUCAUGCCCUGCAUAACUUAAUGACGGAUCAGAACACCACUGCCUCAAUCCAUAGCCUCCGUCCAUGGCAGGUGGUUCGGUAUUUGCGCACAGUGAACUACACCAACAUCUUCGGAGACGUGGUGCAUUUUGAUGAGAACGGCGACCCGGCGGGCACGUAUGACAUUGUGAACUGGCAGCAGCGCUCCCCUGACGGGCCCGUGGAGUAUGUGACCGUCGGCAGAUUCGACUCUAGCCUGCCGCCCACACAGCAGCUGCUGGUGAACUCCGACGCCAUCGUUUGGCACCAAGGGGAGAAAGCAGUUCCUAAGUCUGUCUGCUCUGCCAGUUGUCAGCACGGCUUCAGGAAGGCCACGAGAGAGGGCCAGCCUGUGUGCUGUUAUGACUGUGUCCCCUGCGCUGAGGGGACCAUUACUAAUGACACAGACCAGCCUGAAUGCAUUCCCUGCCCCGACGACUUCUGGUCCAACCCCCGGCGGGACGCCUGCGUCCGUAAGCAGGUGGAGUUCCUAUCCUACACCGAGGCCUUCGGCAUGGCCCUGGGCGCCACCGCCAUCUUGGGUGCCAUCGUCACCUCCGCGGUGGCCGCCAUCUUCCUCCAGCACCGAGCGACGCCCAUCGUGCGCGCCAACAACUCGGAGCUGAGCUUCCUGCUGCUGCUCUCCCUGGGCCUGUGCUUCCUCUGCACCCUCACCUUCCUGGGCCGGCCCACGUCCUGGGCCUGCCCGCUGCGGCGCACCUCGUUCGGGCUCAGCUUUGCCCUCUGCCUCUCCUGCCUGCUCUGCAAGACCCUGGUGGUCCUCAUGGCCUUCAAGGCCACGCUGCCCGGGAACAACACGGCGCGCUGGUUCCGCAGGCCGCAGCAGCGUCUGAGCGUCUUCGUCUGCUCAUCGCUGCAGGUGGUGCUGUGUGUGGUGUGGCUGGCCAGGUCACCUCCGUACCCCAUCAGGAACACCUGGCUCUACCGGGACAGGAUCAUCCUGGAGUGUCACAUGGGGUCCGUGGCGCUGUUCGGCUGCGUGCUGGGCUACAUCGGCUGCCUGGCCGCUUUCUGCUUGCUACUGGCUUUCUUGGCUCGGAAGCUGCCCGAUAAUUUUAACGAGGCCAAAUUCAUCACGUUCAGCAUGCUGAUAUUCUGCGCGGUCUGGAUCACUUUUAUUCCAGCUUAUGUCAGCUCUCCUGGAAAAUUUACAGUGGCUGUGGAGAUAUUUGCUAUUUUAGCAUCUAGCUUUGGUGUUCUGUUUUGUAUAUUUCUCCCUAAAUGUUAUAUAAUCAUAUUCUUGCCAGAUCAUAAUACAAAGAAGUUCAUGAUGUCACAAAAAGGAGGACGAUGAGUCAUUGACAGUUACAUUGAAAUACCGGUAUGUAAAAAAUAAACAUGAAUGAGAAUAUAACAUUAGACAGCUGGUUUGAUAUAUUAUAUAUUAUGUUAUUUCAUAUAUACA